UUUUCCUUAGAGGUGACAACUCGAAGGGACGCUUUUCGCUACAAGAAUACACGAAUAAAUCAGUAAAUUUGGAUUGAAUAAUGUGUAUAGUCUAGCCUACAUUCGAUUUUCUUGUAUUGCUCUAUUGACUAAACAAACUAGAAACACUUUUGGAUAACUCAACUGACAAAUAGAAAUAUUGCAUUUGAUUUGAUAAUCCCAUUGUAUUUUUUCAUUAGCAUAUCAAUGCAAGUGGAACCAUUCUGAUGUUGGAAAUCUUGAGUAUGUGAAUUCCAUAUCACCUGAAGAGCAAUUCAUUUUGAUCAAAUCUUACAUUUCCAGGUCAUUAAGUGGGUGUUCUAUGGCGUUUAUUUGGACUGUGAAAACUACUGUAAACAAUGGAGCUGAACAUUUCAACAAGACACUACCGAGGCUCAAAAGCAUACUUCCCACUCCAGGACCAGAACACCAUGGCCUGUAUAAUCAAGGGGCAACGUGUUAUUUGAACAGUGUGCUGCAGGUCCUCUUCAUGACUAAGGACUUCAGAGAGGCUGUGGAAAGUAAUAGGCCUCCUCAAGAAGAAGACACUGUUGAUCUACAGCUGAGAAAGUUGUUUACAACUUUACGUGAAAGUGAAACUAACACAAAGGGCAUCUCAUCAAUACUAGGCAUUGAUGAUGUAAACAAGCAAUGUGAUGCGGCUGAGUAUUUUGAGAAGAUUUUAGGCAUGGUCAAUCCUGAAGUGUCAAAGAUCUUCAAAGGACAAUUGAGGCACAUCACUACCUGUUCAGGAAAACAUGUGAUGAGUGAUGGAUUUGGUCCAUUUUGGACACUGCCCCUCUCAAUAGCAGAUCCAUCUGACUCUUACAAAACCUACAGUGUGAAAGAUGGCUUUAAGGAGUUCUUCAAGUCUUCAACUGUCAGCAGGGAAAACCAAAUGUACUGCGAUGAAUGUGAAACGAAAUCAGAUGCAACCAUUGAAUGCAAGAUGGAAUAUCACCCAGAAAUUCUUACUCUGCUCCUCAAGCGGUUUGAAUUUGACUACUACAGCAUGUCAUAUGUCAAAAUCAACUGCUGCGUGGAUGUGCCUCACACACUACAGACAGAGAAAUGUGAAUAUGAACUCUAUGCGAUUGUGGACCAUUUCGGAAGUCUUAGAGGUGGACACUACACUGCUAAGAUCAAGUCCUUUGAAGAUCACAACUGGUAUAAGUUCAAUGACUCACAUGUCACAAAGCUCCAACCAGCUCCACUGAUUGAAAGUUCUUGGAGUGCUUAUCUACUGGUGUACAGGAAAUCACAUGCUUCAGAUCGUGAGAACCAUGGAACCAACCGAGUUCACGGUUCACUCCGAGAGGAUGGGGUUACAGAGGUUGGAGAGCAUGUUCAAAUAAAGACAAGUGGAGAUGAUGAUCACGGUGUUGAUGGAAAUAAAGGACAUGGACAACAUGUUGCAGUCAGAAGAAAGGAAAAUGUAGGAAAGGCAGAUACAGGAAGAGAUGAUGAUGAUGAUUUGAUAGAGAGAAGAAAGGAGGAUGCUGCACACAGGAGAGAGGAUGUGGAUGAAACAAGACGAUAUGAUGUGGUUUUGAUAACAGAGAAACAGCAGACUCCAGAGAUAUGUCGGAAAUUAGGCAGAAUCCGUGUGUUUCAUCAUGACUAUAUUUUGCCCAUCAGGUAUUCAUCAUUGAAAGAAGAGGAUAAUGUUGUGGACAGAAUAGAACAGGAUGAUGUAGUGAGAAGGGUAGAUAAGGACAGAGAGGGUGUCGUGGUAAAGGGAGAAACGCAUCUCGGUGAGACAAAGACAAGUCUGACCAAGUACGGAGAGUCUUCCAGCUUUACAAACAGGUGUAAGACCAUCUCAUCACAUUCUUCUCACAUCCACCAAGAGUUAAAUGAACUCUUGAUGGAAAAGGACGAAAAGGAUGCCAAUUACAGCCAGGUACUUGCUAACGUUCAGGACAACAAGCUGAGAGAGGUUCGUGAGAGGCAGAAGAAGAACAAGGCUCACUGUCGUUUCAGGCGCUUCUGGGGUGUCCGUGGCAAACACACCAAGACCAUCGGUCGCAGUGGUCGCACCGUUGGUAUGGCUAAGAAGAAGUAAACUAUGUCCCGACUCCCCGUGUGUCUAUAAAUGCCACAGUUCACACACACACACACACACACA